AUGCGUAAUGCUUGUUUAGGAUUAUGUGCUGUGAUUGCACGAUUUGGUGGUGUUGUUGCACCAUAUGUUAUCGUAUUGAGUUCAGUGCAUGCAUUAUUACCGACUAUCGUUUUUGGAUUAAUAGCUAUAAUUGCCGGAACUCUAACAUGUAUUCUACCGGAAACAAAAGAAUGUGUAUUACCAUCAUCACUGAAUGAAGCGGUACAAGCAAAGCAUCACUUCUUCGAAUCUUCAACAUGUCAGGAACAAUCCAAUCUGUCAACAACACCAUCAGUUAAUCAAAUAAAUAAAUCUGCAAAAGAAUUAGUCUAA